GCAAAAAAUUUAUUGCCAUAUCUUGGACCCAACAAAAUGAGAGAUUGUUUCUGCACCAUAAAUUUGGACCAGGAAGAAGUUUAUCGUACCCAAGUUGUUGAAAAGUCUUUAAGCCCAUUUUUCAGUGAAGAAUUUUACUUUGAGAUUCCAAGAACUUUCCAGUAUUUGUCUUUCUAUGUUUAUGAUAAGAAUGUUUUACAAAGAGACCUUCGUAUAGGAAAAGUAGCCAUCAAAAAAGAAGACUUAUGUAACCACAGUGGCAAAGAAACUUGGUUUUUACUACAGCCUGUUGACUCCAAUUCAGAGGUUCAGGGUAAAGUUCACCUUGAAUUAAAACUGAAUGAACUGAUAACAGAGAAUGGAACUGUGUGCCAGCAGCUUGUUGUACACAUCGUGUCAUGUCACGGGUUGCCUCUCAUAAAUGGACAAAGCUGUGACCCUUAUGCAACAGUUUCUCUAGUGGGCCCUUCUAGGAAUGACCAAAAGAAGACAAAAGUAAAGAAGAAAACAAGCAAUCCGCAGUUUAAUGAAAUCUUUUAUUUUGAGGUAACAAGAUCCAGUAGUUAUACCAGAAAGUCCCAAUUCCAGGUAGAAGAGGAGGACAUCGAAAAGCUAGAAAUUAGGAUCGACUUGUGGAACAAUGGAAACCUGGUCCAGGAUAUUUUCCUAGGGGAGAUUAAGGUUCCUGUGAAUGUGUUAAGAAAUGAUUCCUCUCAUCAAGCCUGGUACUUGCUACAACCAAGAGACAAUGGAAACAAGUCAUCUAAAACUGAUGAUCUGGGGUCUCUUAGAUUAAAUAUAUGUUAUACAGAAGACUACGUACUUCCUUCAGAGUACUAUGGUCCUUUGAAAACUUUGCUGCUAAAGUCACCAGAUGUUCAGCCGAUAUCUGCCUCAGCUGCUUACAUUUUGGGUGAAAUUUGUCGAGAUAAAAAUGACGCUGUUUUGCCCCUUGUCCGACUGCUGCUGCAUCACGAUAAACUUGUUCCUUUUGCCACUGCAGUGGCUGAAUUAGACUUGAAGGAUACACAAGAUGCGAAUACAAUUUUUAGAGGAAAUUCCUUGGCUACCCGAUGUCUGGAUGAGAUGAUGAAAAUAGUGGGAGGGCACUACCUGAAAGUAACAUUAAAACCUAUUCUAGAUGAGAUAUGUGAAUCCUCAAAAUCCUGUGAAAUUGAUCCUAUUAAAUUGAAAGAGGGAGAUAAUGUAGAAAACAAUAAGGAGAAUCUGCGCUACUAUGUAGACAAGUUAUUCAGUACGAUUGUAAAAUCAAGUAUGAGCUGCCCCACUGUAAUGUGUGAUACCUUUUAUUCCCUAAGGCAAAUGGCUACUCAGCGAUUUCCUAAUGACCCUCAUGUUCAGUAUUCUGCAGUGAGCAGCUUUGUAUUUCUUCGUUUCUUUGCUGUAGCCGUAGUAUCACCUCAUACUUUUCAUUUGCGACCUCAUCAUCCAGAUGCACAGACAAUUAGAACAUUAACUCUCAUCUCAAAAACCAUUCAAACAUUGGGAAGCUGGGGAAGUCUGUCCAAAAGCAAGUCAAGUUUCAAAGAGACAUUCAUGUGUGAAUUUUUCAAAAUGUUUCAAGAAGAACGAUAUAUCAUAGCAGUUAAAAAGUUCUUGGAUGAAAUUUCAUCAACUGAAACUAAAGAGUCCAGUGGUACGAGUGAGCCUGUGCACCUGAAAGAAGGUGAGAUGUAUAAAAGAGCUCAGGGAAGAACUCGGAUUGGGAAAAAGAAUUUCAAGAAACGGUGGUUCUGCUUAACAAGCAGAGAGCUCACCUACCACAAACAGCCAGGCAAAGAUGCAAUUUAUACAAUUCCAGUGAAAAACAUUCUUGCUGUAGAAAAACUGGAAGAGAGCUCUUUCAACAAGAAAAAUAUGUUCCAAGUAAUACAUAUGGAGAAACCGCUCUAUGUCCAGGCAAAUAAUUGUGUAGAAGCUAAUGAAUGGAUAGACGUACUCUGCAGGGUCAGCCGAUGCAAUCAGAACAGGCUCAGUUUUUAUCAUCCCUCUGCGUAUCUCAAUGGAAACUGGCUCUGCUGUCUGGAGACCAGUGAAAACGCUCUGGGCUGCAAGCCAUGUACUGCAGGUGUCCCUGCAGACAUCCAAAUAGAUAUUGAUGAAGACAGAGAAACAGAAAGAAUUUAUUCCCUUUUUACCCUCAGUUUACUUAAGCUGCAGAAAAUGGAAGAGGCUUGUGGAACUAUAGCAGUCUAUCAAGGACCACAGAAAGAGCCUGAUGAUUAUUCUAACUUUGUAAUUGAGGAUUCUGUAACAACCUUUAAGACAAUUAAGCAAAUAAAAAGCAUCAUAGAGAAGCUAGAUGAACCUCAUGAAAAGUAUAGGAAGAAAAGAUCAACUAGUGCAAAAUAUGGGAGCAAGGAAAAUCCAAUUGUAGGAAAAACAUCUUAGAGUGUGACCAAUUGAUUCAGAAGAACUGGAAAAUACUGUUUUUGUUGGAGUUUUUCAAUUCAUCAUGUAUUUUGUUCUUAGUAUUUAAGAAUGAACAUUGGCUUCAGUGUCACCUGCAUUCACGUUGUAUUUAAUAUUUAAUAAUUGAAAGUAACUGGGAAUCCUGGUAUUGAUGCAUUACUAGAGAAUUUGAAAUUCAAGAUUCCCUUCAUAUCUUACGUGUCAAAAGCCAUGCGUCUGCAACUUGUUUUUAAUAGAAAGAAUCUUCCUAAAGAAGCUUUGUAACAAAAGAACUCCUCCAUAGCAAGAAACCAUCUCUUCUUGUAACACUCCAUGUUCUGUGGACUUUCACUACCAUUAGUGCCUGCUCUAUACUGCCAGUGUU